CCUGUCACUAACCUAUAGCUGGCUAUGUAACACAGUCAAUAUGAGUGUACACGAUAAUGUGCUUAUUAUAGCCACAGAUGAGGAAGCUCUGAUGAAGCUACAGCAAGACUGGCCAAAGGUCGCUUCUGUCAUGUACCCAGUGAAUGAAGACCAGAAAUCAAACUUAAAUUACAACGCUGCUAAUUAUGUCAGAUACAUGUUAAAUAGGACCAACUUGUUGCUAGCUUUGUUAGCAUUCAACGUACCAUUGUUUUUGUUUGAAGUUGACGCUGUUUGGUUUGCAUCCCCGUUUCCACUUAUUCAUAGUAUAUCUCAGUAUGAUCUAGUCGGAGCGAAAAUCGCAACCAAAGAAAAAAUGGCUGGAGGCUUCCUAUACAUGAAACCCAUCAAAGAUACAAUAGAUGUAUUUAUGAGAGUAACAAAUGCGCUACAGAAAUAUCUGGAUAAAUAUAGGUCCUACCGCCGUAAUGAAAAAUUACCGCAAGCGGUUAAUGACCAAACACUUUUAAACGAAAAUCUCAAAUAUGAAAACGGAAGUGCAAGACUGAAUUAUACAAUCUUAGACCUUAACAUAGUGGCUGAUGGUCAGUGGUAUAACGAAACAGGUAAUAGGUCAAUACCAUUAGUUUUAAAUAACAACUGGGUUAUAGGGAAAGAAGCAAAAAUAUCAAGAGCGAAAAAAUUUCACCAUUGGUUUAUUGAUGAUGACAACAAUUGUGAUUGGAAAGAGGUUCAAAAUAUAAUGAAUUUAGGAAAAGAUUUAUAGUGAGAAAGGCAAAG